AGUACAAUGCAGUGUUUGUUCUUCGGGUAUAUAUAAAUCGGUACGAACGGCAUCGUUGAUUUAAUCAUCAUUGAAAUUAGCAUAAGAACGUAACGAUUGAAAAAGAACGCGAUGCAUUUAUCGAUCAUAUUGUUACUAUUCACUUUGGGCGCAUUAGUUUAUGGUGAUGAUGACAAUAUAGACCUUUAUAUCAAAAAUGGUUUUCUUCAAGUAAGCAUCAUUAACAGCACCACAAUUCUCAAACUUACAAAAUAUGAUGGCGACAGAAUGAUAAAUAUUCUGCAUACAAAACUUCCAUCGCAGUCGAGUCCGUUCGUGCUUGAAAAAAAUUGUGGCGGUAAUAAUAUACUUUGCGUAAAAAGUGCCAAUGUUACGUAUACCAGAAUUAGUACUAAUGCAGAUCGCGAGACCAUCUACAUUACUCGCGUGGCAGCUAAUCCCGCUGCCGAGCUUGUCGAUUGUUAUCCAUUUAUCGAGGGUACCCAAUGGUUCGGUGGACCGGAAUAUCGUUAUCAAUAUUGGCCUAUACAACACAUGUAUUAUGACGAAGAGCCGUAUCUACCAACGCAUCCCGAAGACAUGGCACUAUCCGAGCGUUACUGGUUAUCCAGCAAAGGAAUCUCUAUUUAUGUGAACGAGACAAGUCCGCUGUUUCUCGAUCAGAAUAAUUAUCUGGACAAUCAUCUAUGCCUCAUCGCAAAGAAUAAGGCGCCAUAUCGACAUCGUGAUAGCAUCCAGCUGAAUUAUGAACUAGGUGUCUUCCUGGAUCCGAAGACCGCUCAUCAGAACAUGGUAAAAACUCAUUUGGGUAAACCAACGGGUCAUCCUGACGAAAGGAUGAUUCAACAUCCCAUAUGGUCCACCUGGGCCAGAUACAAGGCUAACAUAACUGACAAAAUUGUGGAGACUUAUGCGGACGAAAUUAUCGCCAAUAAAUUCAACAACAGUCAAAUUGAAAUUGAUGACAAAUGGGAAACUUGUUAUGGUUCCGCUGUGUUUGAUCCGAUCAAGUUUCCCAACGUCACUGCUCUGGUGCAACGAUUAAAGCAGAAAGGCUUUCGCGUUACUUUAUGGAUACAUCCGUUCAUCAAUCGAGACUGCGAACCUGCAUACUCUACUGCAUUGCAAAACUCCUUUUUUGUUAAAGAUCUGAAUAGAGGCGUUCAAAUGUCGUGGUGGCAAGGUGCGAAUGCCGCCACAAUCGAUUUCACGAAUCCAAAAGCGGUAAACUGGUGGAUAGCACGGUUAAAGCUUCUUCAGAAUCUUGGCAUCGAUAGCUUCAAAUUCGACGCUGGCGAAGUGUCCUGGUUACCACAGGUGGCGAACUUGAGCGGUUCACUUGAUAUGCAACCGGGUAUAUUUACGAAGGACUAUGUCCAGACGCUGGCCACCAAUUUUAAUGAUUAUAUCGAAGUACGAGUAGGAUGGCGUAGCCAGGAAUUACCGAUAUUCGUUCGCAUGGUCGACAAAGACUCUAGAUGGACAUGGAACAAUGGCCUGCCUACGCUAAUCACGACGCUGCUGCAGAUGAAUAUCAAUGGAUAUGUUUACGUAUUGCCAGACAUGAUCGGUGGUAAUGGCUACUUGGACGGUUCGCUUAACGGUACGGAAUAUCCACCUAAAGAGCUCUUUAUCAGAUGGCUACAAGCUAACGUCUUCAUGCCGUCGUUGCAAUAUUCCUUCGUGCCAUGGGAUUAUGACAAGGAAACCAUUGCCAUCUGUAAGAAAUAUACCGAUUUGCAUGCUAGUAUGACGCCAGAAAUUCUAAACGCUAUGCAGCAGGCUAUCACCAAAGGCACGCCCGUAAAUCCACCUAUCUGGUGGAUCGAUCCGACUAAUGAGGAAGCUCAUAAAAUUAAUGACGAAUAUCUUCUUGGAGAAACUAUACUUAUUGCUCCGGUAAUUCAAGAAGGUGCCAUCAGUCGCGAUAUCUAUUUUCCUGCGGGAAUAUGGCUGGAUCAAAAUCAUAAAACGAUCAGCGGACCGAAAUGGAUAAGAAACUAUCCUGCUCCCCUAGAUACACUUCCGUAUUUUAAGAAAUAUCAGUAAUAAUACAAAAAAAAAUUAAAAU